AUGUCUCUCGCAUCCUCAUUCGCGGCGCUUAAAGCGCAGAGGGAUGCGCGACGCACCCCCUUCUCUCUUGCUGCUACCGCCGAGUCAGACUCUCAUCAAGGUGGCCACGCUUUGGUGCGCGGCGAUAUGAGUCCACCAGCUGUACCUUGUGCAGCACAGCAUCAACCUGCAGCUGUACCCAUCCCUUCUAGUCGCCAUUCGCCGGCAGAUCCCGUCGCUGUACGAUCCAGCGUCGACAUGGACGAUCAUACCGAACAGCCACCACCACCUGUGCCGCGACCAGGCGCAGCGGGCAACAAACCCGAACCUGGCGCUGCUGGUAGUCGGGUGAGGCUACCUGACAUUCAGGAUCUAGAGCUCCGCUUUGAUGCCUACUCGAGCGAACGUGCGCUCUUUUAUGCUCCUCUACCCAAAAACGGCCCGAGACCAUCGGACUUCUCGACUUCCACAUCCUCUUCCGCCUUUUCGCCGCACAACAACUCCCGAUCCAUCUCUGGCUCGCUCUCGUAUUCCUACUCUCAGCUUCUGUCCAGCUCCUACUCGGCGCCCGGUGGAUGGGCAGCUGCAGGUAUCUCGAGCUGUCGUCCUGGAGAUGUGCUUCUUCGUGUUCGUCCCGAAGUGGCCGUGCUCUCUACAGCUCUGCUCGAAGUGCGCUGCUCGGCGUGCUAUUCACCGCCUAGCUCCGAGUCUGCUUCCGCUUCAGCUCCUACAGCAACAGCUGGCAAGCUUCAGAGAUGCUCUGGCUGCAAGGUGACUCGUUACUGUUCGGCUGGCUGCCAGAAACGCGAUUGGCCGGCGCAUCGCGACGAGUGCAAAGCGCUCAAAGCGAUGCAACAGCUUCAUUCGUAUCGGUCGACCCUCCACCAGCAACAGAAGUUGAAUCAUCGCCUCGCCAGCAGAUACUCGAAGACUCCCGCAGCAACGACCCCUUUUGGCGUCGGCUCUUUCCAGGAUAAUGAUCAGGUAAUGGCCGCUGCGGCUGCUGGUCGCGUACAGGACGUGGAGGGCGACGGAGAGGACAAAGACGGUAUGGACAAAGAUGACAAGACGACUCCCUCUGAAAGCAAAGAUCGCAUGCGUCUGCCCAGUGCCAUGAUGCGUGCAUUGGCACGAUGGAUCUGGGCUCGCAGUCGUAUCGGCACGGGCGGAAAGGACAAAGGUAGAGGCGACGGAGGUGAUCUGCUCGAGCUGUGCUCGCAUCGUGAGCGUUUCGCGCCCGAACAGCUUCAACAACAGGCACAGCUCGCCAUUCACCUUGCGCAGUACCUGACCGCGGCGGCGCGGGCAGCAGCAACGUUUGGACCAGUCUCGAGAGGCGAGGCGAACCUAGACGAAAUGAUGCAGCCUGAGACUGUAUUUUCGCAGGGCGACGCAUUGCGAGCGCUUGGCAUCGAUUCAGCCACCGAGUUGCUCGACUUGGUCUGCCAAUUCUCGUGCAAUUCGUUUACACUGGCCGACAGCGAUUUGAAUGCGCUGGGCGUGUGUAUGCACGCAAGCAUGGCCAUGCUCAACCACGCUUGCAUACCCAAUGCAGCCGUCGUAUUUCCAUUCGGUGGCGCUGCCAAGGGCGGCCAGCAAAGGUGGAACGAUGGAGAUGACAAGAUCAUGCAGCUGGUGGCGUUGCGCGCGAUCGAACCAGGCGAGGAACUGCUCAUUUCGUACGUGGACCUUUGCGACACGGUCGAAGAACGUCAAAAGCAGCUCAAGCAGCGCUACUGCUUUGACUGUCGUUGUGAUUUGUGCUGUAAGAGCCAUGCCAAGAAUGCUGCUACCAGUUCACAACCAUUUGCAUCGCCGAUGCCGUUAUCGUCUUCUCAGCAGGGCUUUCGAAUGCGUGCGCCGCAGUCCACCAACUGGAUCGAUCCACGACGUGCCGUAUGGUGUCCCAAUCGCUGUGGUGGCUGGAUUGACGGAGACGCUUUCGAGACACAAACCAAUGCACCUGCAGGCGCCGCGAGGUGCAACAAGUGCCAUUGCGUGUCGAAUUUGAAAGCCUCGGAUGUAGCAAACGACACAGUGCAGGCGAGAGAGGCUCUGGAACAAGCUUCGCGAUUGUUGGAUCGGGGAGAGGUCGAAGCUGCCUGGACUCGAUGCGCUAGGGUUGUGCCAUGGCUAGUGGAGCGCUAUCCGCCUUCGUGGCAGCCUCUGUUACAGCUGCUCAGGCUAGCGACAACCUGUCUGAUUGAAGCAGGGUCACUGUUGCUGUCACAGCCAUCCGCCGAGGCUUGGAGCACAGAGGCCGCGAUCUACUGCUUCGACGAAGCGGUGAGGAUGCAGAUGCUCGUAGUAGCCGGCAUGCAGGCAUCCAACACGCCCAUCUACGCCGUGGGACACCCUACGCGAGCUAUUGCGAUAGCGACCUUGGCAAAGCUAGUUCUGGCUCAGUUUGAUCACCCGCACCGUCUUGAUCCGCAGGGGCUGCAGAACAGCACGCCUGCGAAUGCGCCAGUAUGUCGAAUUGCCGUCGAACAGACAGCGGCGCAGGGUGGCAAGAUUCUGUCUGUUCUCAGAGACCCGCCGAGCGUGCCCGACGAGAUGCGACUGCAGAUGGCCAAGCAAUUGCUUCAACAGUCGAUUGAAGAGCUCGACAUUGGCUUUGGACGGUCCAAUCAGGGGGGCGGCACUGGACGCGAGAUGCGCACUGCACUCCAAGAAAUGGAAGAGGAGAUGGUUUUGCUCGCCAAGACCAAUUCACUCUCUGUGUCGUAG